AUGACAAGCUCUUCGCGACCGAGAGCAUCCUCAACUCGAUCAAACAAUAACGCGGAAACACCUCGACCGCAGCCGUCGCCGAGACGGAACCCCUCCACCGCCUCAGAGUUGACCGUACCGGACGGUCUGCUGCUGAACGACGUUCCUACCUACAACGUGAGCAGUUCCUCGAAUCUGUUGAUUCCGUUGUAUGGAACUGGAUCGCCAUACCCUACUAUCGCAGCCUCGAGUCCUUCGCGACCACGGGCACGAUCUGCCGCAGCAGACCCGUUGCCGUCGCCUUUAUUUGGUAUAAACACAUCAUAUCGACCGGCACCUCGAGCUGCGCAAAACGUUGAGAUGUAUCAACCAAGUCAGAGACACCCGUCAGUCAAUGACAACUCAAGACAAUAUGUUCCUCCCCCGCCGCCAAUGUCCCCGCCGACCCAGCAACACAUGAUGUCGAUACCUCCUCCACCACCUCGGCCAUUGACAGGGCAGUCUCAUCAACAUCCAGGAGUGAUGAUACCUCCUCCUCCUGGGCCUCCGCCAGGAAGUAUGCAGGCAAAUUGGCAAGGUAGUUGGGGAAGAUCAUAUGAUGCUAGAGGAUUUCCUCUUCCACCACCAAAUCCACCACCAAAUGCACAACACCAGGCGUACAAUCCAAGUCAACCGUAUAUGAAUCAUCAACCCCCGCCUUUGUCUAUACCUCUUCCGCCAGCUUCAGAUCACCAAAUGUCAGCAACAUACAUACCGCAUGGGGAUUCGUUUGGCCCAGGAGUUGGAAUUCCUGGGUUUGGGAGCCAUCAGGAGCCAAGCUUCACGAGAGGAGAUAGCGCGGAGUUUUCUUCCAUAUCAGAUGGAUCGAGGACGUCAAAAAAUACUAUCGAUACGGCACUGACAACACCGAUGGACGAGGGGACAAGCUGGUACAACGACCGUGACCGACCUUCAAUUUCAUAUCCAUCGCAAACACCUCUCAAUCGAUAUCCAAAUAUACAGUUGCCUGAAUACACUCCAACGCCAACAAUAUCAAAUUUGAAUUCCCAGAUGUCAGGGCGGGGACUGAAUUCAAAUCAAUCAAGCAGUAUCCAACAAAACAGCAAUUCAAAUACUCCAGUCUCACCCCACGAGGCUAGCUCACAAUGGUCUAUGGAACGGGUCUUAUCAUGGCUCGCCAGCAACAGUUUUUCCAAGGAUUGGCAGGAAACCUUCAAAGCGCUCAAUAUUAAUGGGUCGAUUUUCUUGGAGCUUGGGGGUCGAGUUGGGGGACGUGGAAACUUUGGGAUGAUGCACCAACAGGUAUAUCCGCGAUUGGCAAAAGAAUGCUCUGGCAGUGGAACUGGUUGGGAUCAGGCUAGGGAGCGGGAGGAAGGAAAGCGGAUGCGCCGCCUCAUUCGAGGUAUAGUCAAUGGCCCGUCAAAACCCUCUCACGUCCGAAGAGAAUCGUCCUCUGCGAAUAUUGCAAAUCCCGGCUCAGAAAGCAACUUGGAAUCUGCUCAGUUCAACAGAGAUGGCUCGACGCCCACUACCGCAAAUGGCGAAGAUGAUAGUCCUGGGAAAUCAAUGUUCAAAAGUACGAUCCCAGGUGCAUCACGAAAGGGAUCUGUACGAAGCACAACAAUGCCGAUUCUAGGUAGCAACAAUAGUAAUGAAGGGGCCAGGGACCGUAGUCACCGUAAUCCUCUUCGCAAUCUUGAUGGGGAUGGGAAUAGGCGUCAUAGUCCCAGCGCGAGUGAGACUGGCGACGGAAUUUUCAGAAGUCCAGCUCUUAGAAUUGAUGGCAGUCCGAAGCCAGAUAGCCCAUCUGGUACCUUUUCAAAUUUUCAUGCGGGUAGCAAUGGAAAUCUCUCAGCGUCACCUCGUACGGCAAAGUUUGGACACCGAGCCACAGGCAGUACUGAUUCAGUUUCCUCUAACACUGCCAUUUAUGGGUCUGGUGUUCCCCCAGGAGCGAGCCAGACCUUGAAUCUUCGAGAUCCUCGUCGGCACGGUGUCGAUGGCGCUAGACCUUCUCCGUUGGAGCCAGGGGACCGCUCAUUAACAGAACCCCCAGGUUCAGCCAAGGAAGCAAAAGGAAUCUUCAAACAUUUCAGAAAGAAGAGGAGGGAAGAUGGCGCGGCCCCUUCUCCGGAAGAGAACAAUUUAGAGUCUCCAACGAGUCCAUUCGCAAGUUUCAAGCCAUCGUCAGUCCUUGGGAACGGCAAAAUAGCCAAUUCUAGCGAGACAUCCCUAGAUCGCCCAUCUUCGACAUUUUCAGCUACAGAAUAUGAUCGUUUUGCGGGAGGGUAUAAAAGUAGACGCCCCCACAAGACCUAUGUUCUUGUUACUUUGGACGGCUGGAACUACCGCAUGUGUGACAUAUCCGAGGCCGAGCAACCAUCCGAAAUCCGGAGUGCAAUUUACCAUCAAAUGGGAGUUCUCAACACUGAUCUAGCGCAACUCUUCGUCACCGAGCUCGGAAGAGCCGAACACGAAGAAGCUCUAGAUGACAAACGGCUGCUCGUGCAGCGAAGGAAAAACGCGGAACAGCCUGGGGGACUAAAAUUUUAUCUUCGAAUUCCGUCAGCUUCUGUCCCCUCACACUCCCCUGGACUUGGUUUAGAAUUUGGUAGUAAAGCUCUGUCUCCGGGUCUACCUUCAGGUACGCCAGUCGACGAAGAGGCGUAUGCUAAACUCAACGGGACAAGAAAGCGAUCAACCUCUUCACCACCAUCUUCUCGACAGAAUACCAUCAAGGCCGGACAUUCUCCCGGUGGUCGAGAUGCACCAGAUGCUCAUACAACGGAACAAAACGAGGCGAUGCAAAAUCGACUGAAGCAGUUCAAAGCCACGCAAGAAAACGGCGAGAGUCAACUUUCAGAUGCCGAGAGGGCGGCUUUCAUGGAGUUGGCUAUCAACGAUCACCGGGCGGAAAUGGAAAGGAAACAGAAGGCUUAUCUAGAGAAGAAGAAAGCCAGCAAGGAAACUCCUUCAUCAACUGACCCCUCUUUUGGGAUCGUCGGCCGCAAUGUUGAUUUUGACCAACCGCGCAAUUCUCCAUUUGAAGAAAAGAAACCCGAGCUUUAUCCCCAAAGGAGACCUCCUCCUCCACCUGCUGAAUCGGCUACGUUGAUAAAAGCCAAUUCCCUGAGCAGAAAGACUGGCCAGCAAUCACGCCUAUCUCUGAGUAGCGUUGACAGUGAUGGGAAACGAUUCUCAGGUGGAGACUCUACUGCAUGGGCCCCACAAGAACAACCUCGACGCAAAGCCCCAGACUCGCCACAGGCAGCUGGUGGUAUUGCAGCUGCGCUUAUCGGAAUGGGCAGUCGAUUGGGUGCUGCUGGCCACCCAAGUAAGUCAACAUCCAACAGUAGGACACCCCCAAGCUCGAGCGGUCAAAAUGAGAGGGGCAGAAGUGCCAUGUCUACCGUUGACUUCAGUGGAACUGCUUCAGGUAGAAGCUCUCCGCGAUCCGGCUCACAGAGUGGAACACCAGGAAGCACGACAUGGAGCAAGGGUGAUACUCCGUUUGUUGUCCCCGAUUAUGGAGAAGACCGUCAACAACGGGACAGGUCGCUGUCACUCAAGAUUGCGCACAAGUCUUCGGUCGCUAAACUCCGGGAAGAGGCAAACAGGAGAGUUCCCUCCCCUUCAGAACUCAGCCCUACAAGCGCACAUAAUACCUCUGUCCUGGAGUCCGUCAAUAGAGCCUCUACACCCGCGGCUGAUUCAGAUGAUUCCGAUUCCGAUUCAGACGACGGGCUUUUUGCAGUUCCUCUGGCAAAUCGUAAACCAGCUAGGAAGCCAAGUGUCAAAAAAGAACCCCUACCUGAUCCUGCGUCUCCAGGGGGAGAUCGCAUGGGUGCGCGGCCGAACUUGACUAUUCGUACGGAACGAUCGAAGAAAGGCUUGUCCGUGUCGUUUUCUUCGCCUCAACCUAAGACGCCAGCUAGCAAUUCCAAGGCGCCCGACUAUGAUGAUGGCGCCACCCGCAAUGCUACUCGAAGACCGCAGCGUAGGACACCUGGCUCUUCUGCAUCUGAGGCGUGGUCUGCCGAUUCAGAUGAGAUGAAUGCUAAACUCCUUCGUCGAGAAUCAUUUGCGAGGGAAGAUGUUUGGGCAAAUAGACCUCCAGCCGAAGCACUUAUCAAUCAUCUUGAUGAUUUCUUCCCCAACCUCGAUUUGGAUGAACCAGUUCUUGAGGAAGGAGUCAGUAGCUCUCCGCCAAUUUCGCCCAUUGCAGAGAACUCUACGCUUGAACAGCUAGCGGCUGCGCAGGCCGGACUAACACUUGCUGGACCGUCCGGAAUGAAUUCCAUGCGCACUUCUUCAUACAAUGAUAGCGAUACUUUAGGCUCCGAUGAGUCGACUCUAAAAGCGUUGGAGAGACCCGGUUCAAUUCAAAGUAUUGCUCAGCGAAACGUUCGUCGUUCCGGGGGUCUAGGUCGUAUGAAGUCUAUUCGUGAGGUAGCAAGAGGGGCUCAUGAGGCCAACAAAAGGUUCACGACCAGCAUAGCGCCUAUGCCAGGAAACGGAAAUGCAGCAAGCAGUAGUAUUCUUCGACGGAAGAGCACAAAAAUGUUCGGAGCCAAUAUCGUUCAAAUUAAGCCUCAGCGGGGAAGCAUGAUUAUCCCCAAAAUUCCACAAGAUACGAUCCCUAAGCGUCAAGCAACCUUCCGUUGGUUCAAGGGACAAUUGAUCGGGAAGGGUACAUAUGGAAGGGUGUAUUUGGGUAUGAAUGCUACUACUGGAGAAUUUUUGGCUGUGAAGCAAGUUGAGGUCAAUGCCAAGGCUGCUGCAGGCGACAAGGAGAAGAUGCGCGAGAUGGUUGCUGCUCUUGAUAUUGAGAUUGAUACCAUGCAGCAUCUAGACCACGUCAAUAUCGUACAGUACCUGGGUUGCGAGCGGAAGGAAACAUCCAUCAGUAUCUUCCUGGAAUAUAUUUCUGGUGGUAGUGUGGGGAGUUGUUUGCGAAAGCAUGGAAAAUUCGAGGAGCAAGUUGUUAGCUCUCUUACGCGCCAGACGCUGGACGGAUUGUCCUAUCUCCACCGAGAAGGUAUUCUUCACCGUGAUCUGAAGGCAGACAACAUCUUGCUAGAUCUCGAUGGCACUUGCAAGAUUUCAGAUUUCGGUAUUUCCAAAAAGACUGAUAAUAUCUACGGCAAUGACGCCACCAACAAUAUGCAGGGUUCUGUCUUUUGGAUGGCGCCGGAAGUUGUCCGAUCUCAAGAAGGAUACUCUGCAAAGGUCGAUAUCUGGUCUCUCGGCUGUGUUGUCCUUGAAAUGUUCGCGGGUCGUCGACCAUGGAGUAAGGAAGAGACCGUUGGUGCGAUAUACAAGCUUGGUAGCCUGAACGAGGCCCCACCGAUUCCUGAUGAUGUGGCUCAAACCAUUAGUCCGAUUGCAGUUGCUUUCAUGGCUGAUUGUUGGACUAUUGUUCCUACCGAGCGACCAACUGCGGAGACUCUCCUCUCACGUCAUCCUUUCUGCGAGAUUGAUCCGAAUUACAACUUCCUUGACACUGACUUAUACGCCAAGAUCCGUGGUGCAUACUAG